GUAUAUUCACUGACCGAAAAUUCUAACCAACUUCUAUUCGAUGAAUUUAUUUACAGUUUUUCGUGUUCUUGAAAACAUAAUAAAAUUUCAUAUGUUAGAGAAAGUCAAUCAUAGACGUGACUAAAAUUCUACACAGAUCAGUAAAUUAAUCAUUCUCAUAUACACUAUUCGAAACUCAGAAAUAGAAAUGGAUCACUUGAUGGUAUUGACUAAAAAGCAGUUACUGGCUUCUCUAAGUAGCAGCGUACUCUUCGUCGGCUUCGGGAACAUCUGCCGCUCCCCGAUGGCCGAAGCGAUUUUCAAGAACAUGUUAGCGAAGAUAUCCUUGGAGGAUAAGUGGCGAGUGGACAGUGCUGGAGUGGGGACGUGGUACAUCGGCCGCGAUCCAGACCCGAGGGCUAUCAAGAUCCUCCAGUUAUGGAAAUUUCCGAUCCAGCGGAAGGCGCGGCAGGUGAACGACGAAGACUUCCACCGCUUCGACCACAUCCUGGCCAUGGACGAUGACGACCUUCGACAUCUGGAGAGGAUGGCUCCUCCAAGUUCCACGGCGAAGCGAGGGCUUCUAGGCGCGUACGACCCCCUAGGGGAGGUUUUUAUAGAAGAUCCGUUUUACACAAGAGGCGAGAAACCAUUCCAAACCAUCAUGAAUCAAUGUCUGAGGUGUUGUGAGGGUUUCUUGGUUAGUUCCGUUUUAAAAGGAAGCGAAACCGUUUCUGUCUCUUAAGUACUUGAUUUCUGAAUACACAGAUAUCCAUCCAUAUACAUGUAGUGAAAAAAAAAAAAAUUGUCUGUAAUGUAUUUUUAUUAAUAAAAUAUUCUUAAAC